UCUUGCGCGAAGUUUGACGUUUUUGUACCAGUAUUCAUUCGAAAAAAGGUCGAAAAAAAAACUGUGUCACAAGAGCAAACCAACCAACCAACUUCAAACUUGAAACUCCUUCUUCAAAGUCCAAAAACCUCUCGUCGGUGUUGUGUUGUGUGCGUGUUCUAUAUCUAAUAUUUUGGUGUGACUUUAAUUUUUUUAACAAAAAAAAGGUAAAAGAGCCCAAAAACUAAGGCUUAACUUCUAAAACCAGGAACAUUUUUCAAACUACCAACCAAAACAGUCAAAGAAUCAGAAUGCCAGCCCCACCUUCAGAAAAUGGUGCACCCAGAUCGGAGCUGCAAGAGUUGCAGCUCAAAUCUCAACAAGUUACAGACGAAUCGUUGGAGAGUACGCGGCGCAUGAUGGCAUUAUGUGAAGAGAGCAAGGAAGCCGGGAUUCGUACCCUGGUAGCUCUUGACGAUCAGGGAGAACAAUUGGAUCGCGUUGAAGAGGGUAUGGAUCAGAUAAAUGCCGACAUGCGGGAGGCGGAAAAAAAUCUAAGUGGAAUGGAGAAAUGUUGCGGAUUAUGUGUUUUACCAUGUGCCAAAAGUUCUUCAUUCAAAGAGGACGACGGUACAUGGAAAGGAAAUGACGAUGGCAAGGUCGUAAAUAAUCAACCUCAAAGAGUAAUGGAUGACCGCAACGGAGUAGUACCACAAGCUGGAUACAUCGGAAGGAUAACAAAUGAUGCAAGAGAAGAGGAAAUGGAAGAUAAUAUGGGACAAGUAAAUACAAUGAUCGGCAAUUUAAGAAAUAUGGCCUUAGACAUGGGAUCAGAGCUGGAAAAUCAAAAUAAACAAAUCGAUAGAAUCAAUCGCAAGGGUGAAUCGAACGAGACCCGAAUAGCUGUUGCUAAUCAAAGAGCACAUCAGCUACUGAAAUAAACAUCCAAAUUGAUUUUUAAAACCAAAACAAACAAAAACUGCACACUUUAUGUUACCUACAAUUGAAAAAGCAUGUCAUCAUAAGCGUCUUGAUGCUAUAGAUUAUUACGUUAAUAAAACAAACCGGAGAUUUUGUGUAGAAAAAGCGAAAGCAAAUAAAAAAUCAGUUUGUAAGAGACAAAAAAAAAAACAAUAAAAAAAAUCGUAAUUUUAUUGAUUUUUUAAACUGUCAAAAGAAAAUUAGACAAAGAGGAAAUAAGUCGAGGUAUUAUCGGCAAACAUUUUUGUUUAAAAAAAAAAAGUUUGAUUUGUUUUUAAUUAACAAGAUAAAAAGUAGCUUCGAAACAGAAAAUGUAGAUUAAAAAACAAUUUGUAUAGAUCAAAAGUAUGAACAAAAAAUUUCGAUAAAAAUGCAUUGAACAUCUCUGCAACACGUACUUAAAAAAAACCGCAUAGCGUUUUUCAUUCUGUGUGACAGAGAGAGCAUCCAAUCCAGCUGUUUUAUGUUUCAAAACGUAUGAACGAAUAUAUGCCUAUAAAAGCAAAUCAAAAUGAUAUUUCCAAAGCUUUCCCCUUUCCGCGUUCCCAACGACGAUUCAAGCGAAAUUAUGAAACAAACUUUAGUCGUGGUUAAUUAUAACGUGCCAAAAAUAAACUACGACUGAAAUUUGUUUCAAAAGUUUGUCUGUUCGAAACGUCGUUCAUCGGGGUGUUUAAACUCAAAAGGGGGAAGUUUUCUGAGCACACACAAAAAAAAAUCUUUUUUUUGUUCAUUCUUUGCACUCCAUUUAAAAUCGUUAAACAGCUGAUAAGGAUGUUCUUAUCACCAGUAAACAAGGAGAAAAAAUUUAUCUUUGGAAUGUUUUUCUGUUUUUUUCUUCUUCAUUUUAUUUCUUCUCAUUUACCGAGAGUCUACUGUUUCCUUUGUAAAUCGAUAUCGUUACGGAGAUUAAUGUGUACGUAGUUUUUAAAAACAAAACUUUAUAGCUCGUUAAUUAUCUGUGGCUUUAAAAAAAAAAUUAAACCAGCUCAAAGAGUGAUUAAUAAUUUUCGUAGACUUUUUAGGGCAUUACAUUCAAAAUAAAAAAAA